AUGGAUCUUGAUGACGAACCUGUUGAAUUUAAAAUCAAUCAUCAAUAUGCAAAAAAAUACGAAAUAAGGAAAAGAGGCGAAGAAUUAUCCAAAUUAAAAGAAAAAUAUGAUCGCUCUGAUUUGAAUUCCGAAGAUGUGGCAGUUAGCGAUUCAACUUCUGAAGAGGAAGACGAAUACGGCGAAUUGAUUACUCCAGAGGUGGAUGCACAGAUAAUGAAAACUAUAACUGCGAUACGAUCAAAAGAUCCCAAAGUUUAUAAUUCUCAAGCAAAUUUUUUUGCUGCGUCCAAUAAGAAACUUGAAUUGACACCAAUAGAAGAAGAACAAAAAUUGAAAGAGGAAUUCAAGGCAAUGGCUUCUUCUAUAGAUAACGUUAAUGAAAAUCAAAUAAAAGAAUGGCAAAACUUUAAAGAAAAUCCUAACAUAGACAAUGACGAAGCAUUUUUAACUGAAUAUAUUCUUAAUCGUGGAUGGAUUGACAAAGAUUUAAUUCGGAUUCCAACAUAUGAAGAAUUGGUUGCAGAACAUCAUGACAGCGAAGAAGAUGAGUUUGAUGAAGCUGUUGAUAACUUUGAAAGCAAAUAUAACUUUCGUUUUGAAGAGGGAGGAAGCACAAAGAUAACAACAUAUUCUCGAAAUGUUGAAGGCUCAAUGAGAAGAAUCGAUAACAAACGCAAAAUUCAACGUUAUGAUCGUGAAGAACGUAAAGCUGAAGAAAAGAAGAAAAAAAUGGAAGAAUUAAAAAGAUUCAAAAAUCUCAAGAAAAAGGAAAUCCAUGAAAAAUUACAAAAAAUAAAGGAGAUAACAGGGAAUGAAAAUGUUGGUUUUGAUGAGGUUGAUCUUGAAGAGGAUUUUAAUCCCGAAAAGUAUGAUGAUAAAAUGCAAAAAAUUUUUGAUGAGGAAUUCUAUAAUAAACAGGCAAGCGAUGAUGAAUAUUUGGAUGAAUAUUAUCAACUGAAUUAUGAGGAUAUAAUUGAUGAUACUCCCGUAAGGUUUAAAUACAAUAAAGUCAAGUCAACAUCAUUUGGUUUGACACCCACAGAGAUAUUACUAGCAGAUGAAAAAGAUUUAAAUGAAUUCGUGUCUUUGAAAAAAUAUGCGCCAUAUCGACCUGAUAAUGUUGUGGAAAAGGAUUUAAAGAAAUAUUCAAAAAAGAAAAGGCUUCGAGAAUUUCGUAAGAAAAUCGAAAAAAAAUAA